GCGCGCGCGGACUGCGGCCCCGGCGCCCACGCUAGCCCCGCGCAGGCACGAGACGCCGCGGCCGGGACGAGGCGGCGGCGCAGGCCUGCCGAGCGCGCGCGGGCCGCUUCCCGAGCGCGGGGGCUAAGCGCCCCGGACCCCAGCGUACGGGGGGAGCCCGGGCGCGCUGCAGUUCGCUGCCCCUCUCCGCAGGAGCGCCGCGGCGCGCAGCCCGCGCCUCUUCCCACCUGCAGCCCCUCCUCCCGCCGCUGCGGGGCGGAUAAAAGGCGCGUCCUUGCCCUUCCUGGGCCUCCGCAGGUCCGGCAGUCCCCGGCCCCCCCGCCCCACGCCUUGCCUCCUUUUUCCCUCCUCCACCCCUUCCUCCUCUCCUCCCGCGCCUCCCCUCCCCCGACUCUCCGGCUUCCCAUUCAUUCCGUCCGCUCCCUCCCCUUCCCUCCUUCCCGCUCCGGCCCUCUCCCCUUGGUCCUCCCCGCGCGGACCCCGUUGCAGUCUCGGGGUUCUUGGUACAUUCAUGGAAGUUUAGGGCCUGGAUGGUGCCCCCAAGUCCGGCGUGAGAGCGCAGCCUGAGCUGCUGGCCGGGAAGAGAAAGAUGUCUGUGCUCAAGAGGAUGAUGCGGGUCUCCAAUCGCUCCCUCCUCGCCUUCAUCUUCUUCUUCUCCCUCUCCUCCUCCUGCCUCUACUUCGUCUAUGUGGCUCCGGGCAUCGCCAACACAUAUCUCUUUAUGGUACAAGCUCGAGGAAUAAUGUUGAGAGAAAAUGUGAAAACAAUAGGACAUAUGAUCAGGCUGUACACAAAUAAAAACACUACCCUCAAUGGUACAGAUUAUCCUGAAGGCAAUAAUUCAAGUGAUUAUCUUGUUCAAACAACAACAUAUCUUCCGGAAAACUUCACAUAUUCACCAUAUCUACCCUGCCCAGAAAAACUGCCUUAUAUGCGGGGAUUCCUCAAUGUCAAUGUAAGUGAAAUCAGUUUUGAUGAAAUUCAUCAACUCUUCUCCAAGGAUUUAGAUAUUGAGCCAGGAGGUCACUGGAGGCCUAAAGACUGUAAACCCAGAUGGAAGGUGGCAGUUCUCAUUCCUUUCCGUAAUCGCCAUGAACAUCUUCCGAUUUUUUUCUUGCAUCUGAUUCCAAUGCUCCAGAAGCAGAGGCUGGAAUUUGCCUUUUAUGUCAUUGAACAGACUGGCAUACAGCCUUUUAACCGUGCGAUGCUCUUCAAUGUGGGCUUCAAAGAGGCCAUGAAAGACAGUGUCUGGGACUGCGUCAUCUUCCAUGAUGUGGAUCAUCUACCCGAGAAUGACCGAAACUAUUACGGCUGUGGAGAAAUGCCACGUCAUUUUGCAGCGAAGCUGGAUAAAUACAUGUAUAUUCUUCCAUAUAAAGAGUUUUUUGGUGGUGUAAGUGGACUGACAGUGGAACAAUUUAGAAAGAUCAAUGGUUUUCCUAAUGCCUUCUGGGGAUGGGGAGGAGAAGAUGAUGACCUUUGGAAUAGAGUUCACUAUGCUGGAUACAAUGUAACAAGGCCAGAGGGAGACUUGGGAAAAUACAAGUCUAUUCCUCAUCACCAUCGAGGUGAAGUCCAAUUUUUAGGACGGUAUAAAUUGCUAAGAUAUUCAAAAGAGCGUCAGUACAUCGAUGGGUUGAACAAUUUAAUAUAUACGCCAAAAAUACUGGUUGACAGGUUGUAUACAAAUAUAUCUGUAAACCUCAUGCCAGAGUUAGCUCCCAUUGAGGACUAUUAAAGGAAACAGCUCUCCUGGCAAGACAGACUGCAAUGCUGGAUCAUCAACUAGGAGCCUACUCUUACUGGAGGUCAGUGAGUGGUUGUGUCCUGGUGCCCUGCUGUGGUGAGAGCAAGAGCCCGCAGCCCUCAGUGUUUACAGUGUGAGAUUAGAGACCAUCACCCACACUCUUCUCUGAGACACACCCUCACAGCGAGCGCUGCAGAUACCCAAGACCCUUGCUGAAAUCUGGAAGUUAAGAGAGCUCCCUACAAAGAGAAAAUUUUUAUACUAAAAUACAUAAUUUAAUUCAAGAGAAUGCUUUAUUUCUGUUUAAACAUGUUUUGUAUAUAUGUGAUGUAAAUUAACGUGUUCAAAUUGUUGAAAAAAAGAUGUGUUGCAGUUUUGCAUGUAAUUGGUUAUGCCUUUAUCGGACUUUUAUAGACAUUUUUUAUUUGCAUGGAAGAAAACAAUGCAAAUUUAUGUCACUAAACAAAGGUUAACCCUUGUGUGAAAUGAAGGAACUGUCAAUAAUUGACAGUCAACUACCACAGUAAACUGUUACACUAGUUUUGAGCUUUAGACCUUAAGCCUUUUGUGUGGAAGAAGUCACAGCUUCCCUAGGGUUUUAAAGGGUAAGAAGAAAGUUACUUAGACCACUUUUCUUCCUACCAGAAUUACCUGUUUUUUUCCUUGCUUGCAAUCCCAUCAGAUUUUGCUAAAUCACAACCAUAUUGUUUAUGCACAUUGCAUGAGUAUUACCAAGAAAAUCUUAAACGUUGUGAUGUUAACAUGAUAUAAAGGACCUCUUUAUGUUAACUGUCUUUCAUGUAUCUUUGGUGUAAUUGUCAGGGAUUUUGUGCCUCAAAAAAUCUUCCUGAGGUAGCGUGUGUUUGUACACUGUAUUUUUUUUUUAAUUCAUAGU